AUGAAUUGUUCUGGAAUACAAGAAAUCAUUAUCGGAGAACAUUGUCACAUUCCAAGAAAUUGUUUCAGAAAUUGUGGUACUAUUAAACAAAUUAUUAUCAACGAUUGGGUUGAAUUUGAUGAGAAAGCAUUCGUUCAUUGUACAAUUCAAUCAAUUAAAUCUCCACAUAAUGUAUUAAACGGUAAAAUUCCUUAUUGGAUGAGUAUUAUUGCAUCAAAAAAUAAUAUUGAAUGUUCUACCAUAGAAUAUACUCGCUACGAUAGAAUGUGUUAUGGAAGUAAUGUCCCUACUCAAUGUAGUCAACUUGGGAAUAGAGUUUUUAAUUCAUGUAAUAAUAGUUUGAUUAUUCUUCCAGCUACAAUUACUAAAAUUGGGGCUCAAUGUUUCAAUCACUGCAAACACUUAAAAGAAAUUAGAUUUAAUAAAAUUCUUGAGGAUAAGAUUGAUGCUCCACCUACAAUAACAAAAGUUCCAUUUUAG